GACAGACAGAUGUGUCUGGGGGCAGAGCAGCAGGCUGGGGGUUGGGGUGAGAGAGAGAGUUAGAGAGGUAGGGAUUUCCUCUAGACAGUCAACUAGUGAGGAAGUGAUAGGGGCAUGUUUAAGGAGCAGUGGAGUACAUUCUGAAAAUGAAUGUGUUGGGACAGUGUUGAAGUGGAGGUGAAGUUCAAGUGGCACAAAGAAGGCCCAAUCGUGUCACCAUUGUCAGGAGGUGCAUUUCCAUACUGUGGGCCUUUUUACACUGGAUAAAGAUUAUCGUCAAGUCUAUCAAGAGAUCAACACUGCAAUCCUCUAAAUGCACAGGCACAGAGCCCAUCCCAGAACUAUGGAAAUGACCAGAACUGAGGGGUCACUGUCUAUGAACAUCACAUCAACUCCACCAGUCACCACUAAUGGUUCUCCACCGUCCCGUGAACCAUACCUGCACAGACUGGCACACCUAGAUGAGGGACUCUAUAAUGACUUCUAUAGCUUGUGGAUAGCUCUGGUGGUCAUUAACACUCUGAUCUUUAUGGUGGGGAUGGCUCUCAACAGCCUAGCCUUGUAUGUUUUCUGUUUCCGUACAAAACCUAAGACCACGUCAGUUAUUUAUACCAUCAACUUGGCGGUCACGGAUCUGCUCGUUAACCUGUCACUUCCUACCCGUAUUAUUCUGUAUUAUAGUGGAGGCAAGUGCCUUAACUGCUCUUACGUCCAUAUAUUUAGCUACUUCGUCAACAUGUACUGCAGCAUCCUCUUCCUCACCAGCAUCUGUGUGGACCGUUACCUGGCCAUCGUGCAGGUGGAGGCCUCCCGGAAGUGGCGUAACCCCAAUGUGGCUAAGGUGGUCUGUGUGUGUAUCUGGCUGUUUGCCAUCAUUGUCACAUACUCUUUCCUAACCACGGCUUUCAAGCACUCAGCCUGCUGUGUUUCCAAGCUCUUUGCGCUGACUGUGUUUGAGUUCUUCCUGCCCCUUGUGAUCAUUGUGGUGUUUACGGUUAGGAUCAUGUGUGCGCUGUCCAGCCCGGGCCUGAUGCAGCAGAGCAGAGAGAGACGAAUGAAGGCAGUGCAGCUUCUCACUACUGUACUGGUCAUCUUCACUAUCUGUUUCACUCCAUUUCAUGUUCGUCAAGUCCUGGUCUACUUUCAACCAGAUCUGCCGCACCAUGUGAUCGUCUACCAUGUGACUGUCACCCUCAGCAGUCUAAACAGCUGCCUGGAUCCUGUGGUCUACUGUUUCGUCACCACCAACUUCCAGUCUACCAUGAAGAGGUUCUUCCGUAAGGCAGAGGCUGAGCAGACCAGUGGAGACAUCAUCAGCAUGCAGAAAAGCUCCAAAGGUUCUGGCACUGUUUUUGCCAUCGCUAAUAGCACGAUAAUGGUGAACAUGAGCUCUCCUCAACAUGGAAGCCUUCCAGGAUGAGGCUGUACAGUAUGGACUGAGUUGCUACAAUGUUUAUGCAAGAUUAAGGACAAUCUACUGGACUGAAUUUUAGGACACAUUGUUACAAUUACAAUUCUUUCAAUUGUUCUUUCAUUUGUUGUUGCUUGGUUGUGUGUUGUAAAUAAUUUGCUACAGAAAAUGGUGACAAGUUGAAUAUUAUUAACAUCUAAUUUAAUAUUGUGAAAUGAAGUAAAUAUGACCUGGGUUUGAACCAAAUGAGAAAACUUGGGACUUUGAGGAUUAUGUAAAACAAUGCCAACAUAGCUACAGACAAAUCUUACUGUUUUACUCUGGGUAUUUGUGCUGUAGGCCUGUCACAGAUGGCAAGAUAUUGAUAGUGUAUGAGUAGGUCUGAGGGUUCUCUCAACAUAUUUUCUCAACAUAUUUUCAGGCAUCCCUUCAUUUCAUUACAGUCACACACAGUCACAGAGACAACUCAGCGCUGGCCAGGAAUUAGUAAUCUUGCAGCAUUGACUCACUUCUCACCCUCUAAGGACUGCUAAUGCUUGUCUGCCUGGGUCUACAUA